CAACGUCAGGCAGCGAGGUGGUAGGAGGAAUGACGGAAACGCCAGACGUUUGCUUUUUUUAAAUGAUCGGUUUGCGUCUUGUGGUGAGAUGAUCCUUUAUUGUCAACUGAAAACUUUAUCUUGUUUGUGUCCAACGAGUACUGCUUUAAAAUGUUGACUAAAAGUUGAAGGUGGCGGCAAGGGACGUUCGGCAGAACUGCUGUUUGGGAAGAGGAGGAUAGUUUACGAAAUGCUCGGAAAGGACAGUACUUAUCGAGAGUUCAACGAUGACGAGGACCACAGCGAAGAAAUGCAGUCUCCGGAUUUUUUCCGAGAUGUCGUUGAGGCCGAUGGCGAGGAGCGCGAUGAGCGCCUUUCGCCAGAGGAGGACGCUCGAGGCAGCACGCCGUCCAUGCGGGUCAGCAAGGCGUGCCUGAAGAACGUGUUCACGGUGGUGCUGAUCUUCAUCUACCUGCUGCUGACAACAGUGGCGGCCUUCCUGGCCUACCAAACCAUCUCUGACUUCCUGGAGAAACUCAACCAUCCAGUCAUGUCUGUCACCUACAAAGAGGUUGACAUGUUCUCUCCGCCCGGUAUCGCCCUGUAUCCCGGCAACGCCCGUCUGCUGAGCUGCCGGCACCACUACCACGACCACAUCCCGCCCUUGGUGAACCCCGGGAAGCCUCAAGAUAGCGACUGCGUCAUCGAGGAAGUGACCUACAACGGGCUCUUCACCAACCAAACAAAGAAGAAGGCGCUGGUGGUGCGAGGACCGUCGGAUGUCCACAGCAGAGAGUUGAUCUUUAUGCAGUUCAGUCAGAAUGAAACGGAGGAAGACUUCAGCGCAAUCACAUAUAUGCUAUUUGCUAAGUUUAGCGAUUUGGACAACAGUUUAAAUAAAUCUGGAUUCAUGAGGGACUGUGAGAGGAACUACUCCACAUGGACCUUCUCCGGGGGCUUCCGCACGUGGGUCAAAAUGUCCUUGGUGACCACAUCGGGGAAAAGUAACCAGUCGGUGGAGUUUCGCCAAGAGUCCACUGUGGUCAAAUUCAAUGACAAGAGGCCAGAAACGGAAAGGAGCAACCAGCUUUUCUUCGCUGUCUUUGAGUGGCGCGAUCCAUUUAUACAAGAAAUCCAACUGAUCGUGACAGCAAACCCGUGGUCGUCGGCGGCCAUUCUUUGCGGGGUCUUCAUGGCUCUCUUCAAGGCGGCCAAUUUUGCCAAGCUGACCGUCCAGUGGAUCAUCAGAAUGCGCAAGCGUCACCUGAGGAACAAAGCCCGCCAACAAGGCAUCAUAAACUGACCAGUGGGGAUGGUGAUCCAAAAAUCUUUUUCAAAAAGUGAAGCCAAGUCUGCAAAUAUCUCAAAUGGUCUGUUGGACUCUAAAGCAGUGUUUCUUUUGGUCAUCGUAACAUUUCCAAGAGAGAUGAAUUUCAUUAUUCCCAGUCAAAUAUUUCAGAUUUGACCUCUGUGCUGCAGAAACAUUCUUGCAUAUACGUCUCAUGCACAUAAAUGAACACUUAGAUGACACUUAAAACAAUUUAAUGUAUUUUUUAAUGCUGAUGUCAAUGCCAAACCUGUUGAACGUGUUGUGUUUCUGAUGAUAUAGAGACUUAUUUAAAGAAAAUAUUAUGUCCCAAAUAUGCUUAUCAUCAUCUUUAAAUGGCUAACAGGGAAUUUUUAACAUUUUUUUUUUUUAUUCUUAUGUAGUCCUGCUGUUGUGUCUAAUUGUGUCAAAAUGACUUGAAUAGAAUUGUCUGUGAUUUUAUGAAAUGCUUAUGUUUUCAAGGUUAUGCGUGGAUAAAAUAUUUUUGUAUGCUUAAA